AUGGCCCCAUCACUUCUUCUCCUACCGUCUCCUCCCUGCCCUCCAUCCGCAUCAACACUCUCAGCUGCCUAUCGCUCACCAUUAACAGCCGUCCUCACCAAACUCAAACAGUCACCAACUCCCCAAACUCUCAUAGUUGGCCUCGCACUUCCUCUCCUCAGCGGCUCAUCUCCCAACUCAAAGAGGAUCGCCUGGACAAAUGCCCAGUACCUCCUUGCUGGCCUUUACACUCUUACAUCCGUCAUCUGCGCCAAGGAGAAUAUUCCCGUUGACGUCGGUGCUGGAAAUGGGAGUGUGGAUGUGCGCAUUGUUCUGAUCGACCAUGAGAAGGGAAGACGCUACGAACAAGAUUUUGAUGGAGGGUUCGAGGCGAAUUGUACGGCUGUGUUGGACUUGGCUGCGUUUGCGACAAAGGUUCGACCAUGGGAAGCGGUUUACCAUCCCAGUUGUGAAGAGGGUUAUGAGUUGCUCUCCUCGUUUCUCAAACUCGCAGAGAAGAAGCAAACCUUUACUCAGAGCCAACUUGUGGCUAUCGAAGGUGGAAUCAGUUUGACGGCGGAAUCGAGUUUGUCGCCGAAAGAGCAACAAAAGGGCUUCAACACGGUUUGUCUAGGCGGCACGUUUGAUCAUCUUCACCCAGGUCACAAAUUAUUGCUUCACGCAAGCGUCCUCCUUCUCAACAUCCCGCCAAAAGACUCUGACAAGACAUGCACUCUCGUUGUGGGUAUAUCGAGCGACGAGCUUCUCGUCAAGAAGAAGUACGCUGAAGAGCUUCAAUCAUGGGAUGAACGCUCACAGACUGUCCUCUCAUUCCUCUCCACGCUUCUCGAUUACGACACAGUAUCUACAUCUCCACCAACAGAACGAACUCCUGACGAAGCAAUUGCCACUCUACGCGACGGAAGAGUCAAGGUGCGAUGCAUUAUACUUCGCGAUCCAUUUGGUCCACCAAUUCACGAGGAAGAUGCAGACGCAAUUGUUGUUUCUGCAGAGACACGUAGUGGAGGCAAAGCAAUCAACGAUCGUAGGGUUGAGAAGGGAUGGAAGCCACUCGAAGUGUUUGAGAUUGAUGUUCUGGAUGCUGACGAGGUUGGUGAUGGCGAAGUGAGCAAAACGGAUGAUUUUGCGACGAAGAUUAGUAGCACUGCGAUUAGACAACAGAGGGCUGAAGCAAAGAGACGGUGA